AAUCCACUGUUGCAUUUUAGUGCAGGAAGCUGUGUGUGUCUACGUGCCUUUCACCUCGUACGAACUGUCAUCAGCCUACAUCAUUCGGAGUCACCGGAUGCUGCGCUGAGAGACAUCAAGGACUUUACAGCAACAACAGGUAUUUGAGAAAUUAGAAAAAUGGUUGGAUUUUUCCAAAUGUUGAGGAAGAAAAAGGAGCUGAUCCCUCUGAUAGGGUUCAUGGCUUUUGCUGCAACAGGUGCCACCUCUGCUUCGAUCUACUUUCUCCUUACUAAACCUGAUGUCAUUCUGAAUAAGACAAGAAACCCAGAACCAUGGGAGAGAGUGGACCCAUCAAAACCCCAAAAGCUCAUCACCAUCAAUCAGCAGUGGAAACCAGUGGAGGAGCUGGAGUUGGUAAAGAAUCUCACCAAGUAAAAAAGGCGGGCAUCUGCUAGAAACAUCCACAGUCUGUCUACCCACCUGCCCCCCAUCAGUCUAACAGAAUCCUUUCUGCACAAACUAGCAUGCUUUGACACUCAGUGUGCGGAAAUGCUUCUGCUCCACUGGUGGGGUUUCAACCCGCUCUGUAAUGGCCCAACUCAAGGACAUCCAUACACAACAGUGGAAAACUAUGAUACACAUACCUCUAAGUGUAAAAAAAAAAAAAGCUUACUUUGGGUUUCUGUGACAGAGGUAUGUUCGUGUUGAAAAGGUUGUGGUGUUUAAUUUGACAGGAAAGUUGGUAGUCAUAGCAACCCAGAUGCUCUUACAGUAGAUAUGAAUGUAAAAUGGUGUCUGAAUGUCUUAUAUAAUGUCUUGUACAGUGUUAAUAAAUUCUUAGUGUGAGCAGUGUUUCUUGUGUUCUCAAUAGUUCAAACAAGUGUGAACAUAUUUUGCAGGAAUAUUGGUAUUCAUGUGUUUAGAUUGAUAUUCUUAGUCUGUUAUAGAGCUAAUGCUAUCAUCUCAUGUUAGCAUACUCUGCCGCCCUGACUUAUAAAUAAAGUACUAACAAGUUAAA